AGCGGCUCCUCAAGGGCUGCCAAGAGUCCCCCGGCCGGCCCCGGCUUCCCUUCACCCGGAGUGCUUGGAUGCUGUAUGGAGUAAAUGAGCGGAGGCAGAGCGAGCGCACAGAGGCUGAGAGGCGCUCGGAGACCGGGACCAGGGGAGACAGGCGGGCGGCUGGCUUCUCCCUCCGGGGCUGAAGAUGGAUUCCCGAGCCCUCGGGGGCUGCACUCUGCUGCUCUUCACUUUAUGGCAUCUGGGAUUAACUGCAACAAAUCAUAAUUGUGAUGACGCAUUGGUAUCUCCCUUACCUUCAGCUGCCCUUACCAGUUCCUCUGAGCUCUUCAGUACUCACAGUCCCAGCUUUGCAAAACUCAACAGACGAGAUGGAGCUGGUGGCUGGUCCCCGCUGGAGUCCAACGAGCAGCAGUGGCUGCAGGUGGAUCUGGGAGACAGAGUGGAGGUGGUGGCGGUGGCCACGCAGGGCAGGUACGGCAGCUCGGACUGGGUCACCGCCUACGCGCUCAUGUUCAGCGACACCGGCCGCAACUGGAGGCAGUACCGACAGGACGACGCUGUCUGGGUUUUCACGGGGAACAGCAAUGCUGACAGUGUGGUGCACCACAAACUGCUGCACUCGGUGAAAGCUCGAUUCCUGCGCUUCAUCCCCCUGAGGUGGAACGUUGGUGGGCGGAUAGGACUGAGAGUUGAGGUCUUCGGCUGCUCUUACAAGUCAGAUAUUGCAGACUUUGAUGGCAGAAGUUCACUUCUCUACAGGUUCAAUCAGAAGCUUAUGAGCACAUUCAAAGAUGUAGUUUCCUUGAAGUUCAAGAGCAUGCAGGGGGAUGGAGUCUUAUUCCAUGGAGAAGGUCAGCGUGGAGACUACAUAACCUUGGAACUGCAGAAAGGGAAGCUCUCCUUGCACCUCAACCUGGGGGACUCCAACCUGCACUUCAGUAACAGCCACACCUCUGUCACCUUGGGCAGCCUCCUGGAUGACCAGCACUGGCACUCAGUUCUCAUAGAACGCUUCAACAAGCAAGUGAACUUCACAGUGGACAAGCACACCCAGCACUUCCGAACAAAGGGGGAUUCAGAUCACUUGGAUAUUGAUUAUGAGCUCAGCUUUGGAGGGAUUCCUGUCCCAGGGAAGCCAGGAACCUUUCAGAGGAAAAACUUCCAUGGGUGCAUUGAGAACCUCUAUUACAACGGAGUCAAUAUAAUUGACCUGGCCAAAAGACGCAAACCUCAGAUCUAUACUGUGGGCAAUGUGACCUUUUCUUGCUCAGAACCACAGAUUGUUCCCAUCACCUUUGUGAGCUCCAGUCGAAGCUACUUGCUGCUGCCCGGCACUGCUCAAAUUGAUGGCUUGUCAGUCAGCUUCCAGUUCCGAACGUGGAAUAAAGACAGCUUGCUUCUGUUCACCGAGCUGUCUGAAAACUCAGGACAUCUCUUGCUUUACCUCCAUGGUGGGACAUUGAUGCUACUUAUUCAAAAGGAGACUGAGAACCCAGUGGAAAUCUCUGAAGGCACUAAUCUCCACGACGGGCUUUGGCAUUCUGUUAACAUCAAUGCCAGAAGGCACCGCAUUACCCUGACGCUGGACAGCGACGCUGCCACCGCCAGCCACGCAACCACUGUGUCCAGGAUCUACUCUGGGAACAGCUACUAUUUUGGAGGGUGCCCUGACAAUUUCACCGAUUCCCAGUGUUUAAAUCCCAUUACUGCUUUUCAAGGCUGUAUGAGGCUCAUCUUUAUUGAUAACCAGCCCAAGGACCUCAUUUUAGUUCAGCAAGGCUCCCUGGGGAAUUUCAGUGAUUUACACAUUGAUCUGUGUGGCAUCAAAGACAGAUGUUUACCCAACUACUGUGAACAUGGAGGAAAAUGCUCCCAGUCCUGGAGCACCUUUUACUGUGACUGCAACAAUACAGGCUACAUGGGAGCCACCUGUCACAACUCUGUCUAUGAGCAGUCCUGUGAGGCUUACCGACACCAAGGGAGGACAUCAGGUUUCUUCUACAUCGAUUCUGAUGGAAGUGGACCCCUGGGACCACUCCGUGUUUUUUGCAACAUAACAGAAGAUAAGAUCUGGACUGAAGUGCAGCACAACAGCACGGGGCUGACCAGAGUGCGAGGGGCUGGUCCAGAGAAGCCCUACACCAUGUCCCUCAACUACAGCAGCAGUGCAGAGCAGCUGGAGGCUGUGAUCAGCAGCGCUGAGAACUGCGAGCAGGAGGUCGCCUACCACUGCAGGAGGUCACGGCUCCUCAACACCCCCAAUGGAAUGCCAUUUGCUUGGUGGGUUGGCCGUGCCAAUGAGAAGCACCUUUACUGGGGAGGAUCUCUUCCGGGCAUUCAGCAGUGUGCCUGUGGAUUGGAAGAAAGUUGUCUGGAUAUGAGAUAUUUUUGCAACUGUGACGCAGAUAGAGAAGAAUGGACGAAUGAUACUGGCCUCCUUGUUUUCAAAGACCAUUUGCCUGUAACUCAGAUUGUGAUCACUGACACAAACAGAUCAAAUUCUGAGGCUGCUUGGAAAAUCGGCCCCUUGCGUUGCUAUGGAGACAGGCAGUUCUGGAAUGCUGCUUCCUUCAACACGGAGGCCUCCUACCUGCACUUCCCCACGCUCCACGCCGAGGUCAGCGCGGACAUCUCCUUCUUCUUCAAAACCACCGCCCCGUCCGGGGUGUUCUUGGAAAACCUUGGCAUUAAAGACUUCAUACGAAUUGAAAUAAGCUCCCCCAAGGAGAUCACCUUCUCCAUAGACGUGGGGAAUGGCCCCACGGAAGCCACUGUGCAGUCUCCCACAGCCCUCAAUGACAACCAGUGGCACUACGUGCGCGCAGAGAGGAACCUCAAGCAAACCUCUCUGCAGGUGGACAACCUCCCCAAGAGGGUCCUGGAGGCCCCAGCUGAGGGACACUUCCGCCUGCAGCUCAACAGCCAGUUAUUUGUAGGGGGAACAGCUUCCAGACAGAAGGGCUUUUUGGGAUGUAUUCGAUCUCUGCAUUUAAAUGGACAGAAACUUGACCUCGAGGAGAGAGCUAAAAUGACACCGGGUGUAAGACCUGGAUGCCCAGGACAUUGCAGCAGUUAUGGGAACCUGUGCCACAAUGGAGGAAGAUGUGUGGAAAAGUAUAAUGGUUACUUCUGUGACUGCACCAACUCGGCCUAUGAAGGACCUUUCUGCAAGGAGGAGGUGUCUGCAUUAUUUGAAGCUGGCACUUCUGUUACCUAUACUUUCCAAGAACCUUACCCUGUCACGAAGAAUGCAAGCACCUCAAGCUCUGCCAUUUAUGUGGAUGCUGUUGUGUCCAAGGAAAAUAUUGCAUUCAGCUUUCUCACAGCACACACUCCAAGCCUUCUGCUGUACAUCAACACCUACUUCCAUGAAUAUUUAGCUGUGAUUCUCUCCAAGAAUGGAAGUUUACAGGUCCGAUACAAGCUGAGUAAGGAUGGGCUCCUCAUUUUCACCAUUGACUCUGGAAAUUUUGCCAACCGAGAGCUGCACCGUGUGAAGAUUAACAGGGAAGGCAGAGAGCUCGUCAUUCAGGUUGAUCAAGUUCUCAAACUCAAACACAACUUUUCUGAGAUUGAUUUCAAGGCCAUUAAGUCACUCACCUUGGGCAAGGUCACAGACAGUUUGUCCCUGGACCCCGAAGUCUCCAAGGCAAAUGCCUAUGGUUUCACUGGCUGCCUGUCCUCCGUGCAGUACAACCACAUCUCUCCCCUGAAGGCUGCCUUGCGCCACCCCAGCGCUGCUCCCGUGACUGUCCAAGGCUCCCUGACAGAAUCCAGCUGUGCAUCCAUGAUGGAAGCUGAUGUGAACACAGCCACCACAAUAUAUUCCUCAUCAGAUCCUUUUGGGAAGACAGAUGAAAGAGAACCUCUCACCAAUGCAGUCAGAAGUGAUUCAGCUGUGAUUGGAGGUGUAAUAGCAGUUGUGAUAUUCAUCAUCUUUUGCAUCAUUGCCAUCAUGAGCAGAUUCCUCUAUCAACACAAACAAGCACAUCGAAAUAGCCAGAAAAAGGAGAAGGAAUACCCAGAAAACCUUGAGAGCUCCUUUAAAGCUGACAUUGACUUGCAAAACACAGUGAGCGAGUGCAAACGGGAAUAUUUUAUCUGAUGGACAAUGCAAUUUCUUCUUACUCUUCCUCCUCCCUUUCUUUAUUCCUUUCUCCCUUCCUUUUUUCUUUUUAUUUUUUUUUUUCCUUUUUGGAUUUUUUUUUUCUUUUUUAACACUCAUUUUUUGCUAGCUUCUUUUUCAUUUGGAGAAGACCGCCCUGCACAGGAAAUACUGAGAACAAUCACAGUGCCUCAUUCUCUGCACAAGAGCCUGGCAAUCACAGUUUACUUCUGCAGCUCAAGAGACCUGUUACCCCAUCCUACACAAAAUAAGAUCCACAUGCACACCUGGUUUCUGCUGUCAGUUCUUGGAUGUUUCAAAGCCCCUACAUUUAUUUGUUGUUAUUUUUUUUCUCUGGAGACAUUUAAGUCAUUGCUUUUACACUAGAGCUGGACUAUGUAAAGUACAGGUAAAGUAGUUGAACACAUAGCUCUGCAGAUACUGGGACAGGAUAGAGGGAAAGAAUGAGAUCAAAACAGCUGAUUUAUUUCAUGGGCUCAUUUACAACAACCAUAAAGAACCAGCCAAAUUCUCAAAUGUUAUUUAUUGAUAUAUUGUCUAUUGAUUUAAAUGGUGUUAAAUUAAUUUGUACCAGUUGAAAAGCUGGUAUGGCAUAAAGGAAAAUAAAACUGUCCUCAUUAAGCUCCUUCCCCCAACCUCCUGUCCUUUUACUGUAACUUUUAGGCUUCUCAGUACUUUUCCAACAAUAUAUGUAUCAACAAUAAAUAUCAUUCCCAUGCACCUCUUUCACCUCCAUCUCAUAAGGCUGGCUACGUAGACCCAGCAUACACUAGUAUAACCCUAGCUGAAGCAUGGAAAAUAGUAGCUUGAAUCUCCAAGGGGUUUAGGAAGCUGCUAGGACUUAGGUGCUCUAUAUUUGUCUGAAAUUUUAGAAAUGCAGCAUAUGCCUGUUCAUGCCACAUGGAGGAUUAUCACACACUGAGGUUAAACGCUGUUGCCCCUGUGGAAAAGAAAAAGAACAUAGAUGAGAAAAAAACCAAAAUAGUUUAAUCUUAAAUAUGACUCACACCUUCUGCCAGCUCUUCUAAAAAAAGAAAAAAGAAAAAAAGUCAUACUACUUUAAAAAGCCUCCCAAAACUGCAUGAAAGAUUGAUUUGUAUUUCCUGUUUGUAGAAAUUGGAAUAACUUCUCCAAAACUAAAUAGAGAGAGAUCUGAGGUCAUGUCUAAAAAGAUGAAUAUUUGAUAAACCUUCUUUACAAGGAAGAACACUAGGGAAACAAAGAGAUCCCAAAUACUCUACUUCAAAUUAAUCUUCACGCUUUUAUAAAAGUCUUUUGUCCUUUCCUGAUUGGGAGCACUACUGAAGAAUCAGGUUCUGCCCUUUUUACUUGUGCUGCAUGGUUACAGUGUGAGGAUGAAAAACCUCCUUUUCAAUCACAAACAUCCUAAGGGUAAGAAGUGAAGGAGUCCCAGCCAGUGAGGUUUUGAACUCUCUGUUGUGUCCAUGUGACAUCUGCCUUUGCAGGGCUUCUAAAGAGGAUGUAGAAUUUGCUGGUGGUAGAAUUAAGCCUAAGGUUAAGGGGAAGAAAAAUCUUAUUCAUUGCAAUACUCUUGAUUUAAUUUGAGCUGCAAUUGAUUGUGCAGCUAAAUCUCCUUCUUUGCCCUACUCCCAGUUCAGUCAUCCUGGGGUUUCCACAUGGUGGUCCUUUUUACAUAGAUUUAAAAUUAAGCAAUCUCAAAUUUACAUAGAUUUAAAAUUAAGCAAUCUCAAAUCUCUGCUGCAAUUAGCAGCCCACAGCAAACUAGAGAUGAGCUUACACUUGCAACAGGUGCUGUUUUUCUAGGCAGUCCAUUGGAAAGGUAUGUUGGUGUUUACUGAAGUUUUUUGUUUGAGUUUUUUUUAUGAGACGAGAGAGCAGACAAGGAAGAAUAAAUAAAUAAAUGACUGUUUUGAUAUGGUACCACUUCUUUUGGAGCAUUCAGGGAAGAGAAAGCAAUCCUGGAGUGACAUAAUUCUUAUGUGAGGAGGAAUAUGAGACCAGCCCUUUAACCAGAACUCUUCAUUGAGCAACUUUAUAAAGCUAUAAGUCUAUAUUGAAACUAGUUUGGUGCCAUUCUUCUAUGGUCAACUGCAGCCAUUUUGGCACACACUGGCUGUUUGGGUGACACAAUUAUUUGACAGUGUUUCUGUGUGAUGAGUAUUGGAACGAUGGAUUGAGUAGCUGGGUUCCCUUUAUGUUGCUUUGUCUUCAGUGGUAAAAUCCUGGCAAAGCAAUGAUUUUCCUUCCUGCAGAUCGAGCUGCUUUGUUUGGCAUGGCAGAAGGGAGGAAUAGGAGAGGUCAUGGGCACCUCUGCCUGUGUUUGUCAUCUUUUCUGAAAUGGCCUCUGUGUGAGACAUGUCUGAUGUGCUAAUGUGAUUAAUUGGCUACAUGAAGAAUGGAAUAAGAAGGUAAAACUCUGAAAAUUUAGCUAGCUUGGGGUGCAUUUGUAAAAAGAAAGAACUUGAUAUGAAUGUAAGCAUUAGUAUACAAAGACAUUCAUUUAUAUCUGUGGAUGUACUGAGAUGAGAAGAUUUUAUGCUACAAGGCUGAACAAAUGAACAAAUUUGUAUGGACUUCUAAAUCAGGAUGUCAAAUUAUUCUUAUUAAAGAUAGCUAAAAUAUACUAAAUGAAGUACUCUAAAUAUAUACCCUUUUUUGGGUUUUGUUUUGUUCUAAUGCUUUCUUUAAUGAGGUCAUAAUUGAAUUUCCUUCAAUAUCAGUUAAAAGCAAUUAAUUUUUUAAAAAAAGAAAUACAGUUUUUAAAAAAUCUACUAGAGCUACAAUUCAUUUUCCUUAGUUCAAAUUAGAACUUUUUCCCAUCUAUUUAAAGCCAUUUCUGCUACUUUUGUUAAUGUUUCUUUUUAAAUGGGGUGCAUUCCCUUUUCCUUUUAUCUGUCGUUCUUGGAUAAUAUUUUUAAGUAAAGCCAGGGGAUAAUACUUUUUUACAUAAAUUUUCAGAUUUCAUUUCAGUGGAAAACCUGAGACUGUCAAAGAGUUGUUUAGAGGCAGUUUGGGUUUUCUUCCUUCCCCAAGACAAGUUUCAUAAUAAAAGUAAGGGACUGGUAGAAGGAUACUGUCUGGUUUUUUUUUUCUCUUGGUGAUAUGAUAUGUAACCUAUGAAAAUUAUUGGUGUUAGGCAAGCUGUGAAAUUAUGAAGUAUUUUAGAUAUGGAUUUCAGCACUGCAAAUUCCUGGUUUCCAGAAAGGACUUGACCAAUAAUAGCCGUGCUUAUAAAGAUAUUUAGUCAUGCAGAAGGACUCUCUGUGAAUGCCAGUGCCUGGCUAUAGAAAACAAAGGAAGGCUGGAUGUCAGAAAGCUAACUCCAACUAGUUUGGCUGCCACCUGGGUGAAGGAUAGGCUUUACAGGGAAUUUAGUCUCUUGAGGAUGUGGAUCAAUGCUUAAGUGACUAAACAAAAUGAACCUUUAACUCACAUUAAUUUCUGUGUCUGCCUUGCUGUGGAAUGUUCUAAUAUACUACAAGACAUUUAAAUACCUGUGAAAAUUGAGUCCCAUUUCUCUUUUGGAAGUAAAACUUUGGUCCUAAGUAAGUUACCUAUGUAAUUGGCAGUUAGUAUUUCAUCUGUCCAUAUUCACUUAUUAGAGACAAGAAAGUGUGAGUGUUUUGGGUCAAUUUUUAAAAUGUACACUGUUUUUAUUUCUUCUUGUUCUUGCCAUGGCUCCACACCUAGAUUAUGUCUGCAGUGAAAAAGCCAAAUAAAAGACAUACUUUAACUCAUAUGGGUUUAGCCAGAAUUCCCACCUGGGACUGUAAAAAUGACAAUAUAGAGCUGUGUGGUUAUCAGAGUGUGUUCAGUCAUGAGGUGCCUCUGAUAUUUAAGUUAAAAUUACAACCAGAUUACAAAAACAAGAUGCUUUCUCUUGGCUUUAUUUUAACCUGAUCUAGCUAGACUUUACUCAUCCUAUUUAUCAAUUGCUCAAUUUUUAGAGUGUAAUCCAAACCUUUAUUUUAAUGAGAUCUUUGUCUAUAUUAGCAUUUAGCUGAUCACAUAAUUCACAUAUUGGAUGAGGAGCAGUCAAUAUAUCAUAUUGUUUCACUAUGGUGAGGGGUUAUGAAUCUUUUCCUAAUGAAGUCAGUAUUGAUUUUGCUGACAAUAAGAUUGAGACCUAUGAAGCACUUGGAUAUUGCUUUUAUCUUUUGGGUUUGUUUCAUUUUGCAUUUGGUUUUACCAACUGCCUGUUCCACAAUUGUCAUCCAGUCUUGUCCAGCCCUGUGGUUGGUGAGGACAGGGCAAAUGUCUCAAACAUCCUGUAAGAUUAAAUGAGUCACUAGAGAUGUCUUUUUCUCUCCAUUCAUUUUAGAGACAGGGUAGUCUCCUGGCAAUAGAGAAGUUGCUUAUAGCAGAAUUUGCCAAUGAAUCCAAAUUUUACAAUAGUUUUGAAGAUCAAGUAGACACGUCUCCACAGGUGACUAUUACAAGUGACUUUUUUUUUUACUGAGGUGACAGCUGGGGUCAAGGAAGGACACCUUGCAUCUAAAUUACUCUAAAAAUUGCUCUAAACAUCUCUGUCUAGUAAAUGUAUACAUCUCCUUGUAGGCAAAUACAUGAAAAUCAAGUUUCAAAAUACCACUUUGAGCUGGUGACAAUCUGAUUGAUAAUCUGUGGGGAAGUGGAUAAUUCUGCUUUCAGCCUGUUCUAGAUCCAACGUCCAUUUUUUGCCUCACAUAGGAGUUUUGGCAGAUAGCAUACAUGAAGCCAGAUCCACACAUUUCUGAAUCUAAAGCUAACUCAGCCCUCUCAGAUGCUUUUCUACAUGUCUGGUGCCAUUUGAGAUGAUACCUGGUAUCUCUGCAUUUCCAGGAAGGAUCCAAGUCUCCUGUCUGCCAUAUCCUGGCAUCUGUUAACCCCAAGUAGCUAUGUCUGAUACUUGCUGGCUUUUCCAAUUAUAAUAAGUUCUCAUCCAGGAACCCUAAGUUCUCAAUGAGAUGAAUCCCUGAAAAAAUAAACCCCAUCUUCAGAACUGAAUCAACCUUCCUCCUGGAAGUAAACCAGUCACUUGACAUGCAUGCUCCACUUCAAACUAACAAGAGUGUAGAGGAGGAGGAACUUGACCUCUUUGUGAUCCAUCUCAUGCCAUUGUUGUCACUCUCACCUACACAAAGUUUAUCCUAAACAAGACUAGUUUUAAAUAUUCUUCUGCACUGCUGUUUUUUUCCACAGACACAAAGGCGUUUUUUUUCCAUUUUAUUUUUCAGAAAGCAACCCUUCAUAAAAGACUUGAGCAAAGUCUGAGACCUUGUGAGUGCUAUUUCAAAGCUUUCAUGCAGUUUUUUAAUGCCUACUUACCAAACAAGCCAAGUGAUAUAGCUACACCCCUGCCAAACCAAGGGCCUCACCCAGCAUCUUUAGAGGUUGGUGGGAGGCCUCUUGCUUGACUACAGUUGGAGUUGCACCAAUACCCUUGAAGUUUUGGGGGUUUUCUUCACAGGUUGCCAUCACAGCUUCAAAGCAUGAUUUGUUCCCUUGUGUUCUGCAGUUUGCUGCACUUUCUUUCCCAGUGGAAAGUUCUUCAUGUCCUCUUUCAGUGUGGGCGGCCCCCUCCUCCCUGCUACUUUUGUACAUGAAACUUCUAAACACAUUCUUCUUUUGGGUCUGAAGUAGCUUUUUUCUUUGACUGUUUAUUUCAAGACAUGCCUAUAGAAAGUUUGAAUAUUUCAGUGUAUUGGUGCUUAUUUUUGUGAUCUUUUGCACUAAGUUACUAUGACAAGAACAAAAAUUGGAAAAAAAGCACACUUUCUGGUGAACUCUUGUAAUUUGUAAGCUCGUUGUUUGUCGUUUGUAAUGUGUUGAGUCUACAAGCCGAGCUAAGGAAGGAUUAAGGCAACAGUUUGUGUUGACAGUGUCACUCCAUAUCCAGUUCACCUCUGUUUUCUUCAUCCCUCCUUUUUCUUUAACAUGUGGAGCUAUCAGAUUGUUGCUAGGAGUCAGAGGAGCUUGUUUCACAAUUCAAAUUAAGAUAAUGAUUUUUUCCUGCCAGUCACAGAAACCAAAAGUUCAGCUGGGUGUUCAAUCAGAAGGGAGACACCACUCCAUCGAGGAAAUGUAGUCACCACGUGGUGACCUGUAAGGGGAAAAGAGGACAUUAACAUUUCAAACUACCAAUGUGAUGGGGCAGUGAAGGAGGCAAAAGCUCUUGGAAAACAUGCACUGUUUGAAGCCACACACAAUAACCAUCAGGUGGAUAUGAGGCUUUUCGGUAUUUUUCAGUGGUAGGUUUUCUUGCCAGGGAAUGAAUUGCUGCUGCUUAGUCUGCCAAAGCAUAGUUUUAGUUGUCCUGAUGAUCUGUAAAGUAUCAGAGAUGUGCUCCAAACAUGGGAGAGGAUUUCAAAGCUCUGGCUGAUACCGGAUCCAGAUCUUCCCAGUUAAAUUGCUGGAACUCUCCCAGGUAGCCCAAAGGAGAAUUUGGGAUGGUUUCCCUCAAACAAUCAUAACAUUUAAUCAAAUGUUAGGCACAGCAGGUGAUCCAAAGAGUGGCGUUUGCUUAGAGACUUUCCACUCCCUUGUUUAGGAUGCUUGUGGCAGCUUUUUUCUAAGCUGUGACUGCUGUUCACAUUGCAACACUACUUUUUGACACGCCAGUCAUAGCUCUCUUCACAAAUUUGAAUCCCACAGCCCUAAAUAGAGUCCAUUUGGAACUAAUUCUGCAUGGGGAAUUAUUUACUCAUUUUUGCAUGGCUUUUACAGCUCCUUCUUGUGUCCUUUAGGCACAUCCUUUCCUGAUGUGUUUUGUCAUUGCUACCAAUGCAGCACCAAUUUUGUUAAGAAGGAAGAAGGGUUGUUUCUUAGGUGAAGCUUAGAUACAGCCAGUCACAGCCUCAGUUUCCAUUCACAACACAGUGGACUUGAAGUUUCAGGAGCUAAGGAGAGCAAACAGGUACAUUUUUUUUUAUUCAGACAUCAUAAAAAUCUCUACUCUGUGAUUUUUGCAAAUGAAAUCUGUAGCACAGACCAUUAUAUGUAAAUGAUAGUGAGAACCUUAGCUUGUUGUACCUGACCAGCUUUGAAACCCCCUUUGUGAAAGAAACAAGAGACAGCUUCAGACCUGGUUGUAACCCUGUUUAGGUCAAUGUAGAUACAUCACAGAUUAAUUUAGCCUCAUAUUGCUCUUGCUUUGAUGAUCUCCUGCAAACUGGGGCUGACAUACAUGAAUCCAAGUCAGGCCCUCAUGUUUGUCAUCCCUUAUUGCUGUCAAUGAGAGUUGCAUUCACUGAAAUUGUGUUGUUUUCUAGCAAAACUGUGGAUAAAAAUUGGGAUAAGGCAAUGAACUUCAGCUCCAAAAAGCCCAUGAUAUGGCUUAAGUCGCCUCCAGGAAUUUCUAAAAAUUUGUGUUUUGGGAAGGUUGGUCUGUGGGUGGUGUCUUGUCAGCCAAUUCAGGAGCCAGCACACUAACACUGGAAGGAUUGUAUGGAUUUUAAUGGAUAAAGGCACCCUUAAAAAAAAAAGAGCAAAAUGGCAGCUGAGAUUAGGUAUUUUUAAUAAUAAAAAAUUGGUUCUUUCUACAAAUGAGCCCUUCAUCAUUCAUUUUACUUUGUUCUACUCAAAUUUUAUUAAAUAAAUCUCUCAGAGCUCUGUUCAUUUUAUUAGCAAAGCAAAAAAAAAAAAAAAGGACUUUUUUUAAUGGUUUGUCCAAGGGUAAAGCAAGAGUCUCUCAGUUACAGUAAAAAGCAAAAUGGAGAUUUAGAUUAUUCCCCUUUCACUAUCUGGUUUUCUAAAGAGAAUUCCACAGGACGUUGCCUCAGUCUAAGUCAGUUUUGUAGACAAUGUAACAUGUCUUAAUACCCUGUUAAGGGAUUGAAAAAAUUUAGCCUUAGCUUCUUUUGUUUUCUAUGGUUACUGUUGUACAGAAGAAAGACUUAAACUGUAAGUAAUGUAUAUUUAAUAAAAAAAGACUUUUUGUAUGAUUUUGUGUCGAAGACAAA